AAGAAAUGUCAAAGCCAUAUCUGUUCGAUUGUAAUUUUCUUUGUUGAUCGAAUUUUUCUUAUAAAUAACAAACGUAUUAUUUUCAAAAUUUUAUAAAAGUUUCGCUAUGAGUAAUCCACAAAAAAUACCGAAAUUGUCACACUCUGAUAACCAGAAUUAUAAUGAAGAUGCAAUCGCUGGUCCAUCAAAUAUGGAAUCCCCGCCGAAAAUAUUCAAUUUAACCAUCGAUUCAUUGGAUGAAAUAUUUGAAUAUUUGAAUGUGAGAGACCUGCAUUCAUUCGGUCAAACAUGCAAGCGGAUGCGCAAAGUGGCCGGCGAAUAUUACAAACAAAAUUAUAUAUCGGCUGAAAAAUACGGCCGACGGGAUGGAAUUUACACGAAAUAUUGGGACAAAGAUGGUGUCGUAGGAGAAGAAACUGAAAUAUCGGUAUUCGGUCCGUUCAUGAAAUGCAUUACAUUCGACAUUGCCGAAAACGAACGCUUUCCAUUGAAACUAUAUUCGGAUGAGAAUUUUGAAGGUCCGCUCCGUUAUGCUGCUUCCCAUAUCAAGGAAUUUAAGUCAAUCGAUCACAUUAGUUUGACGCGGUUCAGUAAAAUUAAUCACCACCGAAUUAAAUUUAUCGAAAAAUUGUUGCCCCAAUUAGAAAGUAUAAAAAUCGAUCGAUCGAAGAUAACAUGCAAUUUUUACGAAGUGGUGCUCAAACAAUGUCACAAUUUGAAGAAGAUGUUGUUUCACGAGUCGUCCAUGAUUGAAAAAAAGUGGCUUUCACAACAUUAUCCCAAGCUUAAACAUUUCGGAAUUUUGGAUGAAGAUCAACAUCGAUUUGAUGAACUAAGCGAAUUUUUUGUACGUAAUCCAACUCUUCGGACGUUUUUAACGAAUUUUAGCAUUUUAUGGAAAAAUCGUGAAAUAUUUUUAAAUGCAACAGUCAAACUGAAUACAUUGGUAGUAUACAAAGGAAAUAUUGCUUCAUUGGAUGGAAGCCUAUAUUUGAAUCAAAUUGUCGACUUACUAAAUCAACUCCAUGAACAUGGUUUCUAUAAAGAACUGCAUAUUCACGUCGAUCGUCUUUACCAGGGAUUCAGCGCUUUGAUGACUACUCUACCAGCUCUCAAAUUGUUAUACAUUGAAGAAUUGAAGCAGUGUUAUGAUUUGCCGCAAUUGACCAAUCUGGAAGUACUGAUCAUUAAUUUUUCGCGUAAACCGAAUGUCAAAGAUUGUGAAAUGUUAGCAAAUAAUUUGAUAAAACUUGAACGUCUUGAAAUUGGCCAAUGCGAAAGUAUCUAUACCAUUAUGCCAUUCAUUCGUCGAUCACGAAAAUUGAACAAAAUCAUAAUGAAAGGCUAUAAUGUGCAUAAUUGCAGCAGUCGAGGCAUUGGUGGAGCUCUGAAUUUAACGAUGUUGGACAAGGAACGUGCCAAGUUGGAUAGAGCACGGAAGAUAACGAUUUAUGUGCGUGACGAUGUAUUUUUGGCUACGAAAUGGGCGUUCAAGAAUGGUGAAACCAAUUUGAGCCACAUCGAAAUGAGACGGAUGGAUUCAAGAUGAGACCAACGGCAAUCUAAGACAUAUUUAGUGCAGUGGCUGAAGAUAGAAGAAUAUUCUUAGUGACCCGAACCGCAUUUCGGUAAAUUCAUAAUAUAAUCCACACAUUUUGACAUUUUUUCAUUCUUCAACCCAAUCAUAUUGUACUUAAUUUAUUAUAUAUUAUACGUAAAUGGACGUUCGUUUUGUUGUUGUGAACAUUUCACAAUAUCAUUACUCUAAGACAUGUAUUCGAAUUAAAAUUCAUACAAUGAAGUGAAAAAGUGUGACCUACCUCAAAAUUUGUAGUUGGUUAAUGUCGUUAGUAUUAAAUGAAAAAUGCAAAUAAAAUUUCUACUGAGAUCCA